AUGACAAUAACGAUGAAGCAUCGCAUGUUGCUGAGUGCCGAGUGCAGAGCGAUAAGGCGAAUUCGGCACUACUAUAAAUAUGCCAAUUGGCGGCCUUCGAUUGCAACACUUUCAUCAUGUACAAGGGUGAGGCACAUCACACUCGAUCCCUCCAAGAAAAUAUGUCUUAAAUAUUAUGCCAUUUUGUCCGUAGCCACCCUUCUCUGCUGCCUACUGUUGGGCCUGCUCCUGGCCCUCAGCUCCGCCUACAACGGCCAGGACAUCUACGCUGAGCCCAACUGCGCCAUCGUCGAGGAUCACGGCCGCAAGUUCCGCGACAUCUCCGACCCCACCCACUACUGGGUCUGCCCCGAGGGGCAGGAGAAGGCCGACUACAUCCAGUGCCCGGACAACUACGCCUUCAUGGAGAAGGAGCAGAGCUGCGUCGUCUGGGAGGAGUGGAAGUGGGUUGAGCCCUACACCAAAUAAACAGCCAACUCGACUCGGGAACAGCAGAGAGCCCAAGCCGUUUAUGUUUCUUAUUUGCAGCCAACUUUUGAUUGGAUUCGAUUGGAUUAGCGGCAAUGUGGUGGGUUCAAUGGUGGUGCAAAUAAAUUAAUUAUGUGUCCCAACUUUGGGAAGUACAGGCAAACGCCUCUAAUUGUGA